AAAGGUGAGAAAUAGCUGGAGUCAUUCCACAGAGUUCAGAGGAUCACCCUAGUGUGCAUUUGCCUUAGUGUUUCUGCCUGACGUGAUCAUGAAGACAGCGUUAGUUCUCUUUUUCGGCUUCUUCCUGGCCUUGGCGCAGUGCCAUAUCUCCGAACUGGAGAAACGUGGAAGCGACGAGUCUAGGGAAACACACGCUUCAAAACCUAAAUGUAAACCAACUGGUGCAUGUACUCGUAGAGGUGGCUAUUGCAUCGAAAAUAGGAAGAAAGGAAACUGCGACGGACGCCUUUUUCCAAAUGAAUGCAUAACACGAUCAUGCUCCUGCUGUGUAAAAAAAUGUAAACCAACUGGUGCAUGCACUCGUAACGGUGGCUAUUGCAUCGAAAAUAGGAAGAAAGGAAACUGCACCGGACUCCUCUUUCCAAAUGAAUGCACAACACCCUCAUGUUCCUGCUGUGUAAAAGUACCUACAGUGAAACUGGACGAAUGCGCAGCAGGGAACGACACUUGCCCCGCCAACUCAACAUGCCACGAUAAAGAAAUAGGCUACGAAUGCGCUUGCGAUGCAGGCUUUGAGCAAUGUGGAGAUGCAAAUGAAUGUGACAGCGAUCCCUGUGGGCCAAACUCCCAGUGCCAAAAUACACAUGGAAGUUAUGAGUGUGUCUGCAACGCUGGGUAUGAAGCAGUCAACGGAACUUGUGCUGAUAUCAAUGAAUGUGAUUCGAGUCCUUGUGGUCCCAACGGCGUCUGCUCCAACAGCCCUGGAAGUUUCAGCUGCAAUUGCAGUGCAGGAUACGAUUUCAGUGGGGGAUCUUGUGUGGACAUCGAUGAAUGUUUGAGCAAUCCAUGUCCAAAUAUCUCCGUGUGUACGAACACUCCUGGAAGUUACCUGUGUCAGUGUCCUCCUGGUUACAACUGGACUGAAGGCGCUUGUGUUGAUAUCGAUGAUUGUGUAAUGCCACUUGCCUUCCGAACCAAUUCUGUAGUGAUAAACUCCUGGGCCAUGAUUGCACUUGCCAUGCUUGUGCUGAGCGAUGCCAACAUGGCGCAAUUUUCAUAAAGGAACUUGCAAGAUGUUUUAAGCUCAUUACUGGAGAUAUGAUCUUCAUAGAGGCAGGGCAACGUUGUAGACGGGACUUCCUUACCAUACAUUUAGUAAACAGUGAUGCAGAAUUUUCAAUAUUGGCUUCAUAUCUCUUGUCUGGCAUUUCGGAUAAGGCCUGGGUUACACGUGGCCCAGGGUACAGUGGCUCUCUUAGUGGUAACUGCUUUGGUAUGACCUCGUCUGGGGCUACGAGUCUGCCCUGUACUUCCAAGCUCAGAUAUGCUGUUUGUCUUGCAAGGCAAUACUAUUAGUUUGAGCAAUUGCAAAGGUGUUCCAAAGUUGUAAAACAAAUUACUUUCUGCAAUAAAAUAUAUUUUACCAAUCUUCAAGGUUAUUUUGAAAUUGUAAACAAUUUAUCUGCAAGCUACAUUUAGAUUUGAGCAAUCUCCAAUGUGUAUUCAAAGUUG